CUUCCAUUGACGAAGUCAAACAGCCUAUCUGGGCUCCACAUAGUUUGUCUGUGUCUGUUUACUAAGGUGGUGCUAUAUAUUUACAUUUGACUGUUUUUCCGACAACGUAGGAUAGUCUCGUCUUUUUCGGCAACAAUUGCAAUGAACACUCUAAGACCGCCCAUUUCUCAUUUGCCUGCUUUGUUUCGCAAGAAACCCUUUACCAUGCCUUCUCCUGGGCCACCUUUGCCGCCUGGCAUACUCGUUGAUGAAGAGAUCUCGCCAAUAUACGAUUCCAAGUACUUCUACCCAGCGAGGCCUGGAGAGGUACUCGCCGAUCGUUACCAAACCCUGGUCAAGGUUGGCUGGGGCGUGUCGUCAACAGUAUGGCUCGCGCGUGAUUUGCAAGGGCAUAUCGAAGAACCAGAGAGUGUUGUGGCACUGAAAAUCGCCAAUAACAAUGCGAGCUCCGCUGGUCAUGAGCGCGAGGUUAAAGAGCACAUUUCCACGGCAAAUCCAUCACAUCAUGGAGGUUCAUAUUCAUGUCUUGUAUACCCGCCUAUGAGGAAGCCAUUAUCAAUAUAUCAGUGGCGUUUUAGCAAUAGAAAAGUGCCACUGCCACUCAUUAAAGCAUACAUUCAUGCUCUUCUUACCAGGUUUGAUUAUCUUCACAAAGAAUGCAGGAUAGCUCAUACGGAUAUAAAGCUUGAGAACAUCACAGUCUCAUUCAAGGAUCCAACAGUGCUUGCUGAUUUCAUGGAUUCUCAGCUUGAAAAGCCAAUGGCUUUCAAGAUUGAUUUAACAGGACAACCAGUGUAUCAGUCCCAUAAUGACUUCAGGCCACUCAAAAGCUUGAGAAGUAUACCACAACUUAUCAACUUUAGUUUAGCAACUAGACUCAAGGAAGACAACGACUGGAGCAAUCUUAGUGUUCUGGACAUGAUCAAAGGCAAAGAGCUAUUUCGGCAUAUCCAUGAUCAACAAGGUCACUACAAUGCUAAACUACACAUCGCUGAAAUGAUAGCCUUAUUCAGUCCACCCGUUCCAGAAGUAUUACAAAGGUAUCAAUACAUGCAAGAGUACUCAUGGCCGGAACCUGUCAGGCAAGAAGACAACAGAGUAUACAAGACCGCGGAGGAGUAUUUCUGUGGGCCAUUCUUUAACAAUAAUGGUGGAUUUCUCUACAAAGAUCUGAUCCCUGACUGGAAACUAGGCGACACAAUUGACUUCCUUAAGGGAGAGGACAGGGAAGCAUUUCUGGAUCUCACCAAGGGAAUGCUUGUCUGGCAUCCAAAUGCAAGAAAAACAGCAGGCGAGCUGGCAGAGCACCCUUUUCUUCAACCAAAGCCAACAAGCGCCUGAUUGCUACGAGCGUUUGCUAGCGGAAUGGCUCGAAAUAGUGGUUGAUCCCAGUUCGGCGAUGACAG